AUGAAAUCAGAGCCGGAUUUGAUCGUUUUAAUAUUUCAAGCAAUCUUUUGGAUGAUAUGUGGAAUGUGUUCAUUUAUUUAUACUUUUACACCGAUUUUAACAGUUCAUUUUAAUCAUAUUGGUUUAAAAGCAAGAUUUGAUGUUGAAAUUAAUGGAGAUAUUAAUUGUAAAGAUAGUGAUAAUAAUACUAGUAAUUCAUUUGAAAGUAUUCCUUCAGUUCGAAAUUUAAACGAUGCAAGUGCGCAAAAAUAUUCUAUUAGUUCUAAGAAUGCCGCUGUAGGAUCUUGGUAUAUGAUCACUAUAGGUUUCUUAACAUUAGGUUAUGCCGUUUUUUAUAUUAUCAUUUUUAUCACACCUUCAUUUGUACCUUAUCAUCCGAUUACCAAUUCAGUGGAUUUUAUACUUAGAACCAUUUAUUUGGGUGUCUACGGAAUACCUCCAACAAAAGGUUUAUUGCAAUGGGUAGCAAGAAAUGUAUUAGGAAUGAAAGGAAAUUUAACAUCAAUUAAAGAAUCUAGUAUGCAUACUGAUGAACAAAGUGCUUAA